AUGCCUUCGUUCCUGAAGGAGUUCCGCCGGAGGUCAAAGGCGAGCUUCAAGACGGACAAGACGAGCUCUGGAAACGACGGCCAUUCACACUCUAGCAGCAACGACUCGCGCUCCCAAGAUGGAACCACCGCCGAAGCCGUUCCUGAAAUGCCCCGAAACAAGUCGUCCUCGACACUAAACUCGGUCUUUGGAGGAAAGUCUCCGCCCAUGCCUGCUGGAUCCCCUCCCAUUCCUUCUCUGCCCUCUGUCUCGGGCUCCAACACGAACCUCGCUGCCAUGAACGGCAACAAGACUCCCCCACUCGGCUCCCGACCAGGCCCGUCGAACAACAAGAGCAGNGGCUCCGUCAAUGGCUCUCCCAAGCCAGCCCAGUACACGUCCCCGUUGGCUCCUCGCAUUCUUUCAGCAUCCGAAGGUUCAUGGGUCCACCAGAAAGUUCUUCUCGUAUACGGCCAAGUCGGCGACCCGUCACAACUCCUGGACGGCGAUAUUGUCGUCUGCUCGCAUCAAGAUUGCUUCCCGCCCAUGACUUGGCCUGUCAGCGAUUCACACUUCAAGGCCCUCGUAUACCUACAACCAGGUCCCAAUCGACUUCGUUUCGACUUCAUUCCUCGCCAGCGUAGACCUUCGCAAGGCCAGCUCAACGGUCAGCCCGCCCACUCUUCCCAUUUCCAGAUCAACUACCUCCCCAUGAACUCCUCACCACCUCUCCAUCUGGCCAUCCUGGUUGCAAAAGAUUCUCCGAGGACAUAUGAUGCUGUUCCUGACCGUAUCAAGUCCGAGGGCAACGGCCUAGAAACGGCGGUGCGGAAAUUCCGUAUGGCUGCUUAUCUAUGGCAAGCCUUUACUGGUGAGCAGAUGAACCGCCAUGGCUUCGGACGCCGCUGCUUCCGCUUCGAGGAGGAAUGGCAACAAGGUACCUUGACAGGUCGUGACCUCACAACAGGACAGAUGCGCAACGAGGCCAAGAUUCACAUCAUCACAUUGAACAAGACCGUGGCCGAGAUUCAAGAUCUCAACAUCGCCCAACAGUAUGAGCCUGCGAAGCAAAAGGGCGAUCUUUUCUCCAUUGCAAUGGACGCUGUUAAAACCCACUUCAAGCCUCGACCGGGUCAGAAAGAGUACGUAUCAUGCAUGUUCCUGGAUACACAUUGGGAUGCCAAGGUUGGGACGGUGAGAGGUCAUGCUGCUCUGGGAGGUGGUGACGAGCAGGUCAAGCUUGCCAUUUUCGGUUCUCACUCGCUGCAAUCAUAUCCCGCGCACCUAGAAGAAGUCGUGCCCGCCUUCACUGACUGCACAAAAACCGACACGAAAUACGUCGCCAAUGAUUGCAACGAAAGUGGAAGCAACUGGGAGGCCGCCAAUAUUGGGAUCGGUGCUCACAUGCACGAAACCGGCCACUUGUUUGGCUGCCCUCAUCAAGAAUCUGGCGUCAUGCUUCGUGACUACGUUCGCUUGAACCGCACUUUCACCACCAGAGAACCUUACUCUACCCGCACUAAAUCACAAGGCAUGCGUCUUUGUCUGCAACAAGAUGAAUGUGCGUGGCACAGACUGGAUGCUUUGAGGUUCAGAUUACACCCCUGUUUCGCUCUGCCAACGGAUUUGAACGUUCCUCCAGAAGAUAGCAUUCAAGUUUGGGCCGUGGACAAAGGAGCGGCUCUGGUCACUGCGAGUACAGGUAUAGCCUUUAUUGAAAUAUACACCGAGGGAGACGAUCUUUGUCGUCACUGGAUCGAGUAUCUGGAUCCUGCCUCUGGCUCUUCAUCAGGCGCGCCCCGCCAAGUUACAUUGACAGAGGCCGAUCUCAGGACCAGAGUCGGAGAGGGUAACAAGAACAAGAAGCUGAAAAUCAAGAUUUUCUCUCUUGGUCAGGGCGAUCAUGAAGUCGCCGAUUUUGCUCAGCACGUGAGUAAGGAUUCCAAGUUGAAGCUUCCCGACAGCAGGGUGGGCUUCAGAGGCUCCAAGGUUGGAUUCUCGCAAAUGGACGGCACCCAACCUCAAGAAGUGCUCCUGCGAUCGUCACACGAAAAGCGCAAGCUCUUGGUCUCGAUCAGAGUAUACCAUGGCUUUGCACUGGACGGCAUCGAGUUUGUGUACGAGGAUGGCGAGAACCAACUCUUCGGAAAAAAAAGGCGGCAAGGAGGGGGUGAUGAGUUCCCCAUCAAUGCACGAUUCGGCGAAACUUUACUGGGCUUCAAUCUGAGAGCUGGCCUCUGGAUUGACGGUAUUCAGAUCUUGACCAGCGGUGGUCGUCGCAGCGAGUGGUAUGGCAACAAAGACGGUGGUAGCGGAGGAUACAGCAUUGCCGGUGUCUACGGUACCUGUGGACAGUGGCUCGAUGGCUUCGGCCUCAUCAUCACCCGGUGA